CAAAGUACAAGGUCAAAUCCAGCUGGCUGCAAAUAAUACCCGCCAUGUGUUAUCCCUAUAUAAUUGGCUUCAAUUAUUUUGAACGUAACACACACACCGCAAAUCAGAUAUUUCAGAAAUUGUGAAUCACUUUCUUUCUUUCUAUCUCCACUCCCUGUUUCUUUGUAUUGUCAAUCAGAAUUUCGCUGUCCAAGUAUGGCUGAGGGACUUGUUACUGAUCUCAUUAAGCAGUUGCUUUCAACUGUUGCUCGGGAUGCAGAACAAGAGGUAAGGUUGGUCGUUGGUGUAGACAAAGAAGCCAAAAAGCUUGAAGACAAUCUACGAACUGUGCGGGCGGUGCUCAACGAUGCUGAGAAAAGACAAGUUACGGAAGAAGCUGUGAAGCUUUGGUUGGAAAAGCUCAACAACGUAUGCUACGAGAUGGAAGACGUGGUGGACGAGUGGAACACUGAGUUGAUCAAAUCAGCAAUUCAGAAAGAAGAAGAAGAAAAAAACGCUGAUAAUGCUCCUGCUUUGAAGAUGAAGAAGCAGGUAUGCUCCUUUAUCCCCUCCCCUUCAUGUUGUUUCGGUCAAGUUGAUAAACUUGCUAGGCGUCAUGACAUUGCUCACAAGAUAAAAGAACUGAAUGGAAUAUUAGAUGAGAUUGUCAAAGAGAAAGAUAGGUACUGGUUUCAGUCAACUAAUGACCCUGCAACUAUAGUAGUUGAACGGCCACAAACUGCCUCAUUGGUUGAUGAGUCUGACAUUUGUGGUCGUGAUAGGGUCAAGGAUGAUCUUGUGGGCAUGCUAUUGGGCGAGGGUAGUGAAGAAGAAAGAAGCCCCCAUCUCAUCUCAUUAGUGGGCAUGGGAGGUAUUGGAAAAACGACCCUUGCUCAACUAGCCUACAAUGAUCCUAAGGUGCAAGCCCAUUUUAAGAUAAAAGUGUGGGUUUGUGUUUCCAAUCCUUUUGAUCAAUGCAAGGUGGCCAAAGAAAUACUUGAAUCUAUUAAUGUUCAAUCCUCUGACUUGACUGCAUUGGAUGGUCUAUUGAAAAGAAUUCAAGAUAAUAUUAAGGAAAGGAAGUUCUUUCUUGUCUUAGAUGAUGUGUGGACGGAAGACUCCACACCAUGGGAUCCAUUCAGAAUUGCACUCAAAUGUGUUGCCCAAGGCAGUAGAAUUAUAGUCACCACACGUAAAAGGAGGGUUGCGGAGAUUAUGGGAAGUGUGAGCAUGAUUGAUUUGAAGAAACUGUCUAAAGAAGAUUGUUGGUUGGUAUUUAGUAAAAGAGCAUUUUUUAAUAGGGAUCCUAGGCAAUGUGAGCAACUAGAAGGCCUCGGUAGGCAAAUAGUAGAAAAGUGCAGAGGCUUGCCACUUGCUGCAAAGACUCUAGGGAGUCUAAUGCAGUUCAAGAGUAGUAUAGAAGAAUGGAGGAGAGUUUUGGAUAGCAAUUUGUGGGAAUUAGACAUUGAGGAAAUAAAAAGUAAUGUUUAUGCACCAUUGUUGCUAAGUUAUUAUAGUUUAUCGUCACCAUUGAGACGAUGCUUCUCAUUUUGUGCUGUUUUUCCUAAAAAUUAUGUCUUUUCUAGUGAUGCAUUGGUAUAUAUGUGGAUGGCACAAGGAUAUAUCGAGUUGGAGAAUAAUAUGGAUAUAGAAAUCACUGCUAGAGACUACUUUGAAAAUUUAGCAAUACAUUCAUUCUUCCAAGAUUUUGAGAGAGAUGAGAAUGAUGGCAAGAUAGAAAAAUGCAAAAUGCAUGACAUAGUGCAUGACUUUGCACAAUUAAUGUCAAAAAAUGUAUGCUUCACAAUCAAUUCUAACACAAGGUUGGAAACUGAUUAUAAAACUGCCCGCCAUUUGGAGUUAGAAAUUCCCAAAGAAGCCCAAUACCCUGAGUUCAUUUAUAGUGCAAAAAAUUUGCGCACCCUCAUUAUUGUAAAUAGAAGUGAUUAUAUGUUGUCUACUUUAUUUCAGCAUUUUAGAUGUUUACGAACAUUAACUUUGGAGGAUGUUGAAGAUAGUGGUAUAUUAAGGAAUCUUCCAGAUGCCAUGGAAAAUUUCAUACAUUUGAGGUAUCUCAAUUUAGUCAAUUAUUGUGGAGAUGCAUUGCCUGAAACCAUUUGUAAUCUUUGCAAUUUACAAAUUUUGAAUAUUGAUAUUGAGAGCGACAGGUUCCAAAAAUUGCCACAAGGAAUGAGUAAACUAAUUAACCUUAGACAUUUUGGUUUGGGUUUCAAACAUGAUUUUUUAAAUAUAAAGUUUCCAAGAGGGUUUGGGAGAUUGACUUCUCUUAGAACAUUAAAAUAUUUCAUCGUAAAUGGUAAGGAUGAUAGCGAAAGAUGUAAAUUGGGAGAAUUAAUAAAUUUGAACCACCUUCAAGGGACUCUUGUAAUAUCUGGGUUGGGAAGCGAGGUAGAUGAAUGUGAGGCCAUGAAUGCACAAUUGAAGAAGAAGAUAAACCUUCAUACUUUGGCGCUAAUAUUUAAGGAAUGGGAUGGUGAGCAAAUAAUAAGGGAGAAAGAUGCAUUAGUUCUGAAUGCCUUGGAGCCACCUCCUAACUUGGAAUAUUUACGUAUUGCAAGUUACAAGGCACCAAUAAUGUUUCCUAAUUGGAUGAUGUCCUUAACCAAUUUAAAAAAUCUUGUAAUUGGCCAUUCAUCUUUAGAGUGCUUGCCUCCUUUGGGGAAACUUCCAUUCCUCAAAUCAUUAGAGAUGUGGGAUAUUAAAAGAUUUAAAAAGUUAGGGGUUGAAUUUAUGGGAAUAGAAGAAUCCGAAAAGAAGGAGAAAGGCGAUAUAAUAAUACCACUAUUCCCAAAUUUGAUAUCUCUCUCAUUUAUGAGUUUCUGUAACUGGGAAGAAUGGAAUGGGAUUGAAGAAGAAGAAGACUGUAUCAGAAGAUUCACUAUAAUGCCACGUCUUCAACAUUUGCAUAUCUGGAAUUGCCGAAAGUUAAAGUCAAUGCCGAACUUCCUUCGUACAACUCCAUUACAGAAAUUGCUGAUCGAGUUUUGUCCAAUUCUGAAGGAACGCUGCAAAAGAGGGACAGGAAAGGAGUGGCCCAAGAUUUCCCACAUUCCUAACAUAGAGAUUGAUGAGAUCUAUGUGCAAAGAGAUGGUGGAGAAUGUGAGUUUGACCCAAAGGAAUAUGAAGAAGAGUUUGUUGAAGAUGAUGAUAAAAAAGAAGAGUCUAAUGAAGAUGAGGUUGACAAAGAAGAGGAUGACAAAGCACUCCAUGACAAAAAAGAGGAUGAUGAAGCAGAGCACCUAUGAUCUCUUUGUUUCUGGGUUCAUGAAUUUUAGCUACAGGUUCGGAUUUUUGGAUGGUGAUUGUGAAAGAUGACUUGCGAUGCUUGAUUCAGCAUUGCAAGAUUGAUAACGAGAUUGUGCAAAUAGACAGUCGAGGAAGAAUGGAAUGGGAUUGGAGGAGAAGAAAAGGAAGAAGAAAAAGACUGUAUCAGAAGAUUCACUAUAAUGCCACAUCUUCAAAACUUGGAAAUCUUUGUUUGCACAAAGUUAAAGUUGGUGCCGAACUUCCUUUGUACAACUCCAUUACAGAAAUUGGAGAUCUCGACAUGUCCAAUUCUGGAGGAAUGCUUCAAAAGAUGGACAAGAGAGGACUGGCCCAAGAUUUCCCACAUCCCUAGCAUCAUCAUUGAUUACAAGUACAUGCAAGGCAAUCAAGAAUGUCUGCCAGAGCCGAGAUUUUCAGAGCUAUGAUGAGGAAGAAGAGGACCUUUGAUUUUGUAUAUCUAGGUUCAUUAUUUUAACUUCAAGUAGAUAUUUUUGGAUGACAAUGGUGAAAGAUGAUUUAUGUCUGUGGGCAAAAUUCAUUCUUGGCUUGAUUCAAUGAUAGAAGUCUAAUCCAUUCGUGGUGUGGAGUACAGGAGGCUCAUUACUAGCAGGAAAGAAGAAGAAACUACAUAUACCUUGGCUUUGUUAAACGGAUCAUUUACUCCUCUACUGUGAGUUUUAUUUAAUGGGAGUAGACAUAGCUCAAGAGCGGCUUUUGUGGUUUAUGAGGAAAUUUGGAGUAUACACAAAAGCUUUUGUGGCUGGACCUCCAAAAAUCGUUGACAAUGUCAUAUCUAGCUCAUCUCCAAGUGUAAUCUAUGAUUAAAUCUCAAAACAAUCUUCAUCUUUUUGUCACCCAUGAUUCAGAUCACAGACAAAGCCUUUUAGAUUUUACAAUUAUCAUUAUACCAACAUGUUAACAUAUACCAUACAGACAGAUUAUUUAUGAUAGAUGAGGAAGAUCAAUCUCAAAGAGAAAACCCAUCAGGAAGGUCAAGGAUCUAAGGAAUGAAAUGUGCAUGAGGUCUUCACAUUCACUCCCAAAGGAAAGUGAGGAAGAUAAAGCCUCUCAAAAUAUCAUAUACGCCCUUAAUCCACGCCACUAGGAAAAAGUUCCGCACUUUACAGGAGACCUUGGAGGAUGGAGAAAAUAUGUUCAGCAAGCACUUGGGGAUGCAAGCAUGGAUUUUGAACUGCCAAAGGAAAUCAAAGAAGAACUUCAUUAAGCUAGCAGCCAGCUAGUAUUUAAAGCUCUAAGCAUGGAGAAUGGUGGUCUGCUACAGUCAAUAUUGUCCAUUGUGGCCUCGUGUACUUUAUUUUGUCCUCGUCAUCAGGCUUACUUGGAAGUGGAUAUUCAGGUUGCUGUUUUCUAGUUCCAACAUGAAUGUUGCUGGUUAAAAGGUGUUGGCCUCAUCAUGGCUUCAAGGAACUCUCAUGGGACCUUGAGCAACAGAAUAACUUGAAACUAUCAUGGCCAACUCUUAAGAUAGAUAUCAACCUGCAAAUGAUGCUGCAUAUUCAACCCUUCGGAAUUUGAAUUCUUCCUUCCUGUUCAACUCAACUAUCUCCCCUUAUCUCUUUGGCCAGUCUUGCACAUUUUAUUCAUGUUAUGAUAACUCUCAUGCCUAGUGAUUAGAAAUUUAAUUAUAAAUUGCUGAAAAAAAUCAUUAUCUAGUGAUGCCAUGUGACGAGAUAAUUGGCCAAUUUGUUUUUUAAUAUUUUUUUUUAUUGUGCUCUUUUAAUGUAAGCUAAAUCCUCAUAUUCUUAUUAACCUUCUAUCAUAACAUGCUUUUCCAUACUGUUUUUUGUGUAUGUCAAACCCUCAUGUUAAAAUUUUCUUUUGGUUACAUUUUAACUAGAACUCAAAUUAAAUUCUAGUUUGUGGCGAAGCAUAUUUUGUGCUUGAGCAAAUUUUAGUUCAUGGAUGCACUUUGGAGAAAGACCUACGAAAGAAACUCCUUCACCAUUUCAUAGUGGCAUUAGAGCUUGGAUAUCACAUCACAUGGUGAAACAUGAAAGGUGAGGUAGGUACUUGGCCAAGUUCUCAAGUUUUGUGGUGAGAUUAUAUUUUUUCCUAGAGAAUUAAUAUUCUUGUAUUUUCCCAAUUUGUUGUGUACUCAAAGUUGUAAGCAUAAACUUAAGUGCUAUAAUUUCUAUUUUCCUUAUAGUGGAUUGAUCGGAUUU